AUGUAUUUCUUUUACUCUUCCUUUUGUUUUGUAGCUUUUGUGUACGGUGGGGGAUCUUAUUGCGCAGUUCCGAGGGAAAGGGCGAGUUUCUUUCUUGGUGGUCGUGGGAGAGGGAAGUGGGGAGCCCGUCUCGUCGUCAAAUGCUCGAAUGUUCAUCAUCGUUGCGGCUCUAUGCCAGGGAAAGCUGCGUCCGCUGCCGACUGCCUCGUAACAUAA